CACGAGUCUCGGCGUGGCGGCUCCAUUGAUAUCUCGUGCCUCGGUCCACACCCUAGCAAGCAGCAGGCAAAUACAAAUUUGAUUCUCCUUCCUGGCCACAAGCUCGUUGCAGGCCCUCGAAGGUGGGAAAGAACCAUUCGGUAAUCGGGUCGUCGCAUAAGAUGCAGUACGUCAGGAACCUCAGCGAUUCGGUGUCCACGGCAUGGAAUUCAAUCAACCCAGCCACCCUCAGCGGGGCUAUCGACGUGAUCGUUGUUGAACGCGAAGAUGGCACCCUGGCUUGUUCUCCGUUCCAUGUGCGCUUCGGCAAGUUCUCGCUCCUGCGUCCGUACGAGAAGAAGGUCGAGUUCAAGGUCAACGGGGUUAAGCAGCCCUACUCCAUGAAGCUCGGCGAGGGCGGAGAAGCCUUCUUUGUGUUCGAGACGAGCGACACGAUUCCCAAAAGCCUGCAGACGUCACCCUUGGUGUCGCCCGCUUCGAGCCCCCCUCUGGACCCGCAACAGAGCGGGCAACCAGCGCUGCAGGAGCCCGAAUCGCUUGUUCUUGACGACACCGAAGGGAAGGCCCGGUCGUCGAGCUUCCACCGGCCAACCCCUACAAUUCUUCAUUCCAUCCGGCAAGACGGGCUGCUCACCCCGAGGUCAACCUCUCCGGAGCUUUCCCGGAGAGUGCCGUCCUCUGCCGAUGGUUCCCCGCCACGCCCUCACAGCGAUGUCAUCCUCCCUUACGCAGCGCGGAAGCCGCCCCCCAGCGACCACGGCUCAAGCCAAGGCGACAGUCUUAUGUACUCUGAGCGCUCGCACAGCCCACCCCCGUUGACGCCCGCUGAGGCUAUGCAGCGGGCGAUGAGUAUAUCCAAAGAACUGUCCGCCGUCAACAUCCCAACGCACGUUACUGAAACAGGAGAUUUGAUGUUGGACAUGACUGGGUUCAAGGGUAGCGAGGAGGACGCCCUUAGGGCAGAGGUCCUUGCUCGGAAGGUGUUGUCGGAAGAGCUAGACGGCAACUACGAUAUUGGCGCUCUCUUCGGUGUCGACGAACGUGGGAACCUCUGGAUCUACCACAGCGAGGAGGCGAAGGAUGCGGCAAUGAAGAGGGUGACUGAAGCGCAACUGCGUGGUUCGCACGGCAAGGACAUGGAUGCCGUGUCUGAUCCGGGCUACCAGAGCGACAGCAGCGAUGCCACGGCUUCUCCAAUCACGACAAGCCAUAGGAGGACCGAGUCAGACCUUGGCCAGAUGGCCCUGCAGACGCCUCCCAGCUCACCGGGGUCUCCAGCGGCCGGCGAUCCCAACCGGAAUUAUGCCAAGACGUUGCGGCUGACUAGCGACCAACUGAAGGCAUUGAACUUGAAAGCAGGGGAGAACUCCAUGAGCUUCACGGUGAACCGAGCAACCUGCCAGGCGUACAUGUACCUGUGGAGGCAUGAGACCCCCGUGGUUAUCUCGGACAUAGACGGGACCAUCACCAAAUCCGACGCCCUCGGCCACGUGCUGAACAUGAUUGGGCGGGACUGGACGCAUGCGGGUGUCGCGAAGCUGUACAGCGAUAUCGUGGCCAACGGGUACAACAUCAUGUACCUGACGAGUCGGUCCGUCGGACAGGCGGACACCACGCGGGCCUACCUCGCCGGAAUCGUGCAGGACGGGUAUCGUCUCCCACGAGGGCCCACGAUCCUGUCCCCGGACCGGACAUUGGCAGCGCUGCGUCGCGAGGUCUAUCUGCGCAAGCCCCACAUCUUCAAGAUGUCGACUCUACGAGACAUUCGCAGUCUCUACGGGCCGGACCGAUCCCCCUUCUACGCUGGCUUUGGCAACCGCUUCACUGACCAGAUCUCGUACCGGACCGUCGACGUUCCCCGAACUCGCAUCUUCACUAUCAACUCUAACGCCGAGGUGUCGCUGGACCUAUUGAGUCUCAACAAGAUGAAGCUCAGCUAUGUCAACAUGACCGAGGUAGUCGAUCACUACUUCCCGCCCGUCGACACUCUUGUGAAGGGGGGCGGUGAGGAUUUCACGGACUUCAAGUACUGGCGCGACAACCCGCUUGAGCUCGACGAGUUUUCCGCGAGUGAUACCGAGGGUGAGGACGAUGGGCAUGAUGACGACAACGAUAGCCAAUAUGCCGAGGAAGACGACGAGGAAGCGGGCGAGGGCCUCGGGGACAGCUACAUCUCUCGGGACUCUGCAGAUGACUACGGCGAGGGGAGCGCGAUGGGCGAGAGCUACGACGAGGAGCGGCUGAUGCGGUCCAUGGCUGAGGACGAGUAUGCUGAUGAUGAAGAGGAGGAAUUGGGCGAAGAAGACCAAGAAGACGACGUAGUGGAGGAGGAGGAGGAAGAAGAAGAAGAAGAAGAAGAGGAAGAAAGAUUAGACCGGGAAUCGACCCCCGUACCUGUCGGCGACUCUGGGCUUGAGAUGCAGGGAAGCGCAACGCAUGAUCUAAGCGCUGAGCUGAUCACGGGAGUGAAAAACUUGAAGGUGGACAACAGAUGAUAGUCCGACUAUAGAACCGCUUCAACAAGGGACCUACAGCACUGAGAGGGCUGGCGCACACUAUAGGAUAUUCGAUGGGGCCAUAGAUCGGCAAGGACACGGUACUGGAGAUGAUGUUUGACCGCAUAUCGCAUAGCGCGGCGCAAGGGAUUUUCAUGGUUGUUGGUAUAGCUAGAGGUGUAUAUCUCCACUGCUUUGGAUCAUUCUAAUUGAGGAAAUCUGG